CACAGGAGAACAAUGCAUUGCUAAAACUGAAGUGGUGGGCUUCAACCCUUCUCCUCUUCUGUCAUCUUAUAAGAUUAAGUAACUUUUGAAACACUGAUCUACAUGUUCACCCCCACUGUCUGUUUCUGAAAUGCAAGAAUAUAAAUAUAUUUUCCAGUCUGGGAUUCUGUGACAACGACAUGUCAUUUAUUUUGAAAUGUUCAUUCAUGCUUAGGCCGUUAGAGUCCCUCAUAUUUUGUCUCUGACUGAACGGAGAAGACUGUUUAUUAUUUAUAAGUAUUCUAUAUUAUGUGUCCAUUUAAUAUGGAGCUAUGCAAUUAUGCAAUUGUGGCAGCUUAAGAGAGGGAUAAGGAACUAUUAUUACAACCACUUCUUUGUCAUCCAGCAGAUCAUUUAAACAAUGUUGAUUUUUCUCUCCUGAACAAUCGUCACUUGUCUCUAAUGGGGGAAAAUAAGAGUGAAAUGUAUGGCCAGCCCAACUGCAUGCAGCAGGCCAGAAGUCUGUCAUGUGAUAUAUAUCAUAUGGCAUUGAUCCUUAAACAUUACUUACAGUGCAUCCAAUGUAUGCAUUUUAUAUAUAUAUUUCUUCAACUUCAGGCACUUUUAACACUGUGAACUUCUUGAAAGUAAAGACAGGAUAAAACAUUAAACACUCUAUUUAGUUUUUAAUUUAUCUACUAUUAAUGUCCAACAAAAUAUGCGUAUGCAUCACAGGAGAUUUGUGUCAUUUUUUCUGAAAGUCAUGACAUUUCCAACCACAGUGGCAUUUCAAGAACAUCUUAAAUUUUCUAUUGUGUUUAAUUGAAUUCUGUGGUGGAAAUUAUGCUGAUGGAAAGUACAUUUCUCUUGUUUUUGAUAUAAAAUGGUUUUGACUCCUUUGUCAUGCUAAGCAUGAUUAUACAUUUUAUGUAUCCUAAAUACACAUAUUUAAAUAAAAUUUGUAUAGUUUUGCGUAAUUAUGCAAAAUUACAGCUUAAUGGGAAAUGGCACCCAAUUUAAAAUAUUGUACUCACUAGUGAUAUUUACCAUGAUUUUUGUUCUUCAAACAAUUUCAUCACAAGGAUGCUAUUCAGUCGACUUAGUACACUAACACUAACGUACACUAACUUAAAAAAAAAACUAAAAAACUUUAGGGUCAAAAUAGUUUUGGCAAGGUGGCAAUGAUGCCACAACUGUGGGAAUAUUUUCAGAUUUUUUAUUUAUAGAAAUCAAUUUCACACAAUAAAUGUCAAAGUGUUUGGUUAUUUCAAUCUUUGUUUAGAUUCUAACAGUUUAUAUGUAACAAUUACUAUUUUAUAAUGGAUUUUCAUAAUGUAAUACUUAAAGUCUGUGUGUAGGAGAAGGCUAAAUCAGACAAAUAUGUAAUUAAAAGGCAUUUGAAAAUUGCCCCCCAAAAAUUAUAAAUGCCUGAUAAAAAGUUUAAAGUCAGUUUAAAGGUGACCUACAUAACAAACAUUUUAAAGUUGAAAUCUGUGUUUUAUAUAAAUAUGAUUUAUAUAUAUCUAUAUAUAAUUAUAUAAUAUAUUAUCAUAUAUAAUUAUACUUAUAUAUAUAUAUAUACACACACACACACACACACACACACACACACACACACACACACUAUAUGUGCUGUAGUAAAGACACCUCCGCUUUAAAGGGCACCUUUAAAUUUGUGAACAGCACCUUUAGAUUUGUGAAUGAAAGCAGCAGGGGCUGCGCUCCUGUAACGCCCUGUUCUGUGCACCCAUGAUCCUGGUAGUGUAAGCACCAUGCAUCAACCACAGAAUUAAUAAUAAUAGCACUGAUUAAACUUCACAGAUUUAAAAUAUAUGGACAGGGUUAUUGACAAAAACAGUGACACUACACAUUUAUAAUGGAUAAUGAUAGAUACUAGAUCAUGCAGAUUUAAUGAGUAAUUCUUUAAAAAUAAACUCCAUCCUCACACCUAAAUAGAUGCAAAGCCUGAUGUGUGCAUGCAUAUAUAGGUACUGAGGGAAGUUCGUCUGGUACUUUGUAAAAGUUUGGUGGGGGCAUGUAAGGUAUUGCUCUCCGGGACACAUCGCCAUCCAAUGAUCGCGCGUCCGCUCUGACGACGUUACCAAACGCUACCGGCUGACACGCCCCCAGCAUGGAUACAAUCAGCUCUAAUCGGCGCACAGCAUACUGUCACUUUAACGUUGGGAAGACUACAGCCACGAUGGGAGUUUUCAUACUCAAUCAAGACAAGUUUUCAGAGCUCUCAUCUUCGGAAACUUAUUUCUAGAGAAAGCAAACAGUCGGCGUUGCGCGUCCACGGUUUGACCUCGCAUGAUUUACAUGCAGGAUGCCAGUGUUGCUGAAAACCCGGUAAGAUUAGUACAAAGUGAGUUUGCUUCUGAGAGCUACCUCUUCAGCAUCACACAAAGGGAUCUACUGAGUUCAAUGGUGUUGUGUAAUUUGGGUUUGGAUGCCAUAAAGGAAGAUCGGGGCGAUUUUCAUCCUAGAAACGAAAUGGAUCACUUCGCAGCAGAGUGCCUUGUAUCAAUGUCCAGCCAAGCAAUUGUUCACGGUCCGAAAGGGAACAGAGAGAUCAAACCCGAAACUGCGGCUGCACAGAGGAACGGAGAAGAGACCAAUGAGCCUUUGAAAGAUAACUCCUCUCUCUUUGUGGUGGCGAGAAUUUUGGCGGAUUUUAAUCAGCAGACGCCCACUAAUUUUGCCGAGCAAGCAAAAAUAAAAGAGGAGGGCAUGCCACCAACGGCGACCCUAACCAGAGAUGAUGGGAACUCUGCCACACCUACCACCAUCACCGCCGACUCUGCUCUCAAACAAAGAAGCAAACGAAACAGGGGUCGAAUUGAACAUGAAGCCCCGCAGAAAAAGCACAAAUGCCACUAUUCAGGUUGUGAAAAAGUUUAUGGCAAAUCGUCCCAUCUCAAAGCCCACCUAAGGACACAUACAGGAGAGCGCCCCUUUCCCUGCACCUGGCCUGACUGCAGUAAGAAGUUUGCUCGCUCUGACGAGCUGGCACGGCACUAUCGCACCCACACUGGCGAGAAGAAGUUCGGCUGCCCCCUGUGCGACAAGCGAUUCAUGCGGAGCGACCACUUGAUGAAACAUGCACGCCGCCACUCCGACUUUCAGCCGGCAAUGUUAAAGAGGCAGCAUGGAGGAGGAAAUGCCACCGUCCCGAGCAGCACAUGCCCCGGCUCCCUCAGCGAUUACAGCCGCUCAGAUGCCUCAAGCCCGACCCUCAGCCCUACUCUUAGCCCCGCCAGCUCGCCUUAACCUGGCCGCACUUUCUGCCCACAGCGCCUGGGUCUCCAGGAUAAUUUUUUUCUUCUCUAUUCAUCUUUUUCCUCUCUUGAAAAUGGCAAAAUUAGCGCCCAUGCUAAACACCUUCAUUUGCUGUGUACUGUACUGUACAUAACUGCUUCUUGUAGUGCAAUUUUCUUGUGCAAACCCUAAAAGUGAGAGGGGGGAAAAAAAAGAAAAGAAUGCCUUUUCCAGAUGGCAUUAUUUACAUGAUGUACCAUAUGUCUGUAUUUUUAUAGCUUCUGGCCUUCAUGGCCACUUUUCCAUUGUGUUUUUGUUUUGUUUCAUUCAUUUUACAACCGAUCUGUUUGAGAGAACAAAAAAGUUGAAAGUUUUGUCAGGUAAAGAUAUUUCUUUCAUCUUUUUUCGUUUUUAUUUAAAACGGGUGAAGGAAAGGGGCUCACAUACACCUCAGGAUUCAGAACAGUUUUUUUCUCCUUUAAUAGUCACAUUGACUGCACAAUACAAGCAUCACUUUACUCCGAAAUUCAACAGAGGUUGAAUUUUGCGCCCUGCUCAGGGAUGGCCUUGUUAGCUUGAAAGAAUGAACACGAUGAAGACAGACAGCCUUACACUCGGACAAAAGGAUACUUUUCACUCUUAUUUUUUUUGGUUUAUUGGUAGGUUGGAUGGUUGGUUUCAGGGGAAACAAAUUCUGGGUUUUAACGGUCAGUCAAACUACAUUUUUAUUUGUUUUUAUUAUAGAUUUUUUUGUGAAUCAGUCUAAGAGUGGCAUAAGCACUUACCAGAUUAGAAGUGUGGAGGUAAUUGUGUUAUUAAGACUGGAAAUGACUCAAAACUAUACUUUCAACAUUGCUAUCUCCUGAAAACCCUGUACACACAGAGCUGUGCUUACUUGGGUUCUCGUUUCAAAGGAAGUCCUCUCAAUAUAGCACGAAUGUAGUGAUCAGUCCAACUUUAUAUUCCAGAACUGCCCAAUAAGGAGAAAUCAUCACUUCUCUCAGUGGAAUAAACUAGACUCCCCUUGAAAAUUCAGAGGCUAAAGUUUCAAAGCAGCUGUUUCCUCAAUAAAAAAACAGCACAUUCAUCAACUUCAGGGUUUUUACUACUGUACAACAUAUACAAAGGGACUUGUCUGGACAUAUGACUACUUCAGACUCAAAUAAAGACAAAAAGCACAUGAACAGAAUCCACCAAAGACUAAGGUGUGAAUGAGAGAACAAGAGAGGGUUUUUUUUACUCUACCCAGAGCAAGAUGGGAGGGAGGCAGGGAUGUUGGCAUUCACUCAGGUAACAGCAGAAGUCCUGGCCCUCUGCCCUCCAUCUGCAGAAGCCUUCCACUUAGGAAACGGCGUCAUCCCACAUAGGGCUAUUCAUAGCACACUAGCCAGGGAGACGUGAGCCAUUACAGUGGAGCUUUACGCACCCUGUCUCACUUACUCAAUCUGAUUAAGAAGAGUGGGAGGAAAAGAAAGAGAUGGAUUGUGGGCCGAAACAAAUGAAGUCCUUAAGCUGUGUCCUUACCAGCACAAUGCAACAAUUUUUUAGCAUCAAGCUAAUUUAUCGAAAUUAUCAAAAUUAUGCUGCGUUCAUAUCCUGUUGGAAUUACUGUAAUUUCGAGAUGUUAACUUGGAGAUUGUACACAGAGCUGUUCAUGUUAUUACAAGUUCUACGAAAACGUGAUCACUUUUUACAAGAUAGAAUCUCAUAAUUGUGGUAAUUCCGACAUGACAUGAACGCACCAACUGACUUGUCGCUCUUUGUUGUCAUGCCUGGUUUUGGCUAUUGGUAGGCUGAUAUCGAUUUUUUGGCCCUGAUGGAACCUACAGAAUUUUAUUCAUGUUUUCUUUUCUGAUUUUAAGGGAAAAUCAAUGGAAUUCUGUGGAAGGGAUGUAAACAUAGCAAAAUGUAAGUAAAUUGAGCUUAAAGUACUAUACUCUAUUUGGUAGUUGAAAGCAUCCAAAUGGCCAAAAUAUUUAAUAAACAAGCAUGCAAGGGAUGGGGAAUGCAUUAUACUUUUAUGAGUGAAAGAUGACUGAAUUCUGUGAAGUUCUUUGCAUGCAGAUUCCUCCUGGGCCUUGAAAUGCAAUAAUGAUAGUUUAGGCUUAUAGUUUUUAAAAAGCAUUUAUUUUGCUGUGUUUACACCACGAACCCACACUAGAACACCAUUUUCCUCCACCAAAAAAGGGAGCAUUUCAACUUUCUCCAGAACUGCAUACUUAGGGAAAACAUUGAUGUUAGGAAACUGAAACUGGAGGUUUCAAAGUUCAAUCCAAUUCAAAAAAAUGUUUAAACGCAAAUUCUUUAUUAUCAUUGACAAGGCUGUCGGUGGGGUUUAGAAUUGACAUAAGCCGAAAUCGUCCGACACCUACAAUCUCAAAAUGGCCAAAUAUCAGUUGAUUAACCAUAUAUCUGUCCAUCACUAGUUAGAGUACAGCUUAACAAUUCAAUGUGGACUAGAUUUUCAGAACAUAUAUGAUCACAGCUGGGUCACUGGGUGGUGUGGAGAGACCCAGGCCUCCAUGAGAACAAAGACCGCAAUCUGCAAGAGACAGGAAAGGGGUUUGACCUUAUGCGAGACAGAUAAAGACAGAGGCUUUAUCAUGAGCAGAGCACUCCAGCACAAGAAACACCCAGUCAGCUCCAUCUCCCUCUCUCUCUCAUGGAUAGAAACCUCCCUCCCGUCUGUGCUACUCCCCUCUCACCCACCAACAGCAUCCCAAAAUUCAUUGCCGGAGCUUAAAGAAGAAAAACGGCUUCGUCUGAUUGGAUGUCAUCCAAGCAGCAGGCCAAGUGGGGGGUUUAUAAUGCAGGAAGUGAAGAGCUUGAAGACAAUGGGCAAAUGUUAUGAAAUCGGAGUUGAGAAUGUUGGGAAUUUUCAGAUGAGAUGUUAUCAGUGUUUUUUGUUUUGUUUUUUCCCAGUUUGACACUGUUGACUUCUAGGACUAACUCAGUCACUCUUUCUUUAAAUUACUGUACAAACGUUUUCACAAGCACAGGAAAACCCUCACAUACCCUUUUUUUUACUGUUGCGGGAAUACUGGUACAUCAGCAUGACCGCUCAAUACAUUACCUCAAUGAACCAUAAAAGCAGCUGCUUUCAAACUUGACUCAUUAAAAAGGCUCUUACAAAAAGAAGUACUACUAAAUUUGUAGAUUUAUAUUCAUACAUAUCAACUGAACAGAUUUACCGUCCUACAUCGCUUCAGUCUGCGAGGAUGAUAAAGGGUCAUCGUGAGAAAAUGUCUUGCUGUUUUACUCACUCAGGCGAAAGGCAUACUAGACCCUCCAGGAUUUGUGGCACCACUAUCCAAACUUCUGUGGCGCUUCUGUGGUCUUUCUCUGUCACACUUUCCCAUACAUGCAAUGUUCCUAAAAUGUCACUUUAAUAUUUAGCACGCUUUCUAUUACAGUUCUCUUUCAUAAGCUCAUUAAUUAACACCAGCCAUCUUGUGUUGUCUUCAUUACAACCCAACCAAUGUCCACCCCAGUGCCCAAUGUUGGGAGACCAGCAUCAGUGCUGCCCAGCUGGAAGAGCACUGUAGGGCUUGAGGAGCAGGUGGGGAGGCCUGUGAAUGCCAGGCCUUGUCCCCCCUUUAUCCUUGCUUUGCUAAUGUCCCCCCAUCCCCCUCCCAGUGCCCUCUCGCAUGGCCCUCUAACAAUCUUGGCAUAAUCAGGGCUUUCUCUCAUUUUUCCAGCUAAAGAAAACACCCCUAAUGAAAAUAAACAGUGCUGCGGUUGCAUUAUUCCUGCAAUAAAGCCAUCUUUCUGUGGACACACCCUUCCCUUGCCCCUUAAAGUAAUUUCAGCGGUAACGUUUGAAGGCUGUGCCAACGUUUUUCCACAUAGUGUUACGUCUCAUGCACAGAUGAGCGCUCUAGCCUUUCAAAGUAUACUCUUUUGACCACGAGCGCAUAUAGAAGAGUUCGAUGCAUGCGCACUAUGACUGCUUUGUGACACACUUAUGUUCAGUCAACGCCAGACGCAUGCGCCAGCAACGCGCAAAGAUGCUGAUUGUCCACGUGUUUUGAAAACUGGGCUGCACAUGGACAGUCUGUGCAUACUGUGUCGAUGACGGUAUAUGCAUCACUCAUACUGCGCUUGAGAUGUAGCGGCAGGCAGAAAAAUGAAAUAAACGCUUGUUUUAAGAUGGAGUUAGCUUUACUUCCAGAGUAAGAUGACUUGGAGAGUUCUCCAUCUGUGUACGCUCACUGUGUGCAAGAAGUUUUAAUCAGAGAUAGCCAUUUAUGGUAGUUCUCUUGAAUUGCCAUUCAUCGUAUUUGCAAAUACUUCUCACUGCUGGUCAGCAGAGGGUAUUUUACCAGGCACAGAUAAGCAGGUCCGACACAACAUCCUCUUUAGUACUUUUCAAACCCAAUAAAACAGGGUGCCAUUGGCUGUUAAGUCUCUCGCAUUUGUGUACUGGUUAGACAGAGUAUACUCAACAAAGUAUAUGUAUAUAUAUUUUCCUGCUAAUAUGUUCUGAAAAAUGUAAUUGCUUAAUGUAAAUUUACAGUCAACUCACAGCCCGGGUUAUUGUGAAUUACAGGUGAAACACAAACAUGCGUCUCUUAUGUUCAUGUAUUUUCACUGUAACAAUAUUACUUGAAUGAGAAGCAAGACCAUUGAACACAGAUGGAAAUAUGUCUAGGUCAUGACAAGUCAAACUGUACCGUUUCUUAACUUACAACCCAGCUAUCACAAAUUGUGUGAACUUGGAUGUAUUCAUUUCUCUUUAUUUGUUAAACAUUUCAGCAUUGUGUUGUAAUUUUUUCUGAAUAUUUUCUUUGGAUUUCUGUGUAGAAGUCACAGAUAGCCGUGCUAUUAUUAUAGAUUUUUCUUGCGAAUAUUGUAAUUAGUGUUUCAUAACGCUUUCUUUUCUGUCUGCUGCGACGAUGCUUGUCCUAUGCUAGAAGAGAGGAGUAGAAAUCGGACUAAUCUUUUUAUUGAAAGACAAUGAGCUCAAAUAGCAGGACAUCGGUGUAAUCUCCACAUAUAGGGAAGAAAAGGGAAAUAUCCUGACUUCUCAAAUGAAUCGCAGGUGAAUUAAUGCAUUCGAUAUGGCAUAGCCAUAGAGACCGUGGCAUUGUGAGUAGAUAGUCACACAUUCAUAUUUAAUUUUUGUGUUUGUUAUUUAAAAUUAUUGAAAUUCCAGCAGGUGUUCAAAUUUUAUUUCGUUUUUGUCAUGCAUCUUUUCAUGCAUCAAAACUCAUCCCUCUAUAAUAACGGAGUAGGUUAUUCAUUUUCUUUUUUGGAUGGGUUGGGAGAUGGAAAUUGAUGGAAUUCAUAUCUGAAAGAAUUGUAAAUUUUAUGACAAUAUUUUUUUAUGAAUUAUCAGGUUCUUAAGAGCCACAAAGCAUCAUACUGGAAGCGAAUCGUCUUUCGCUAAAUUAUUACAACAUGUGGAUUGCAUAAACCCACAUUCCCAAUUCAUCGAGAAAUGAUUUGAUAUUGUAUAUGGCCAUUUGUUCACAGAAUUCAACGAAUGACUUUGAUAGCGCUUGAAUGAAUUUAGCACAGACUAAACAAGUCUUUGAUCCUAUGUUCAACAAUUGACGUGUUAGUUCAAUAAUGAGUUCCAAAGGCAUUAGAAGGAUUACAUCACUAACCGACAGACAAUUGAAAUAUACAGUGAUAAGUGAGAUAAAAUGACAUUGUACAGUUUUCUAUGAGUGAUGUUUUUAAGUGUAUGUAGCGGGUGGAUGAUAUGUAUUAGAUGAGUGAGUAUUUCUAAAAACUAGAUUCUCAUCUGACGUGAUCUUGUACUUUAUUUGAAUUUUUUUGUUUUCCUUUAGUUAUGUUUGCUUCAUUUUGUCAUUGUACAGUUGGGAACAAAUGCACAUGUUAGUAAAAGUGAAAACUCGGACAUUUACCUGUUGAACAUCUUAAAAGAAAGCUCUACCAUUCCAAAGGAUUGCAAAUAUAUUUGCUAUAAAUUUGCUGCUUAUAUCCAACCAAUGCAUCAAAGCUUAUUUUCUUCAAUGUAUUUAUUUUACAGUUACUCUUUUUGUAAUAUAUGUACAAUAUAUCUUUUGUUACUAGUUCAGUUCGGUACUAAACAAAUGUUUUGUUUUUUUUCAUUUCUUGUAGGAUUUCUUUUGACUUAUUAUUUGCCUGUAAUCAUCUACUUAGUCUCCUUAUUUGGUAAAGAAACAGCCAUGCCAUGAUCUGAUAACUUAAACGAAUAGUUCGCCCCAAAAAUGAAGCUUCUGUCAUCAUUUUCUUUUUUUGGCUUAACAAUUUCUUUAAGCAGAUCAUCCUUGACCCUCUCAGAGAAGUUAAAAUACAAGAUGGCUUCCAAGUGUUCACUUAUCAGUUCCAGAAUGGUCUAUUCAUACAAACUGAGUCUGUUUUGAAUAACCAAUGUUCUCAGUGCUGAAGGAAGCUGAUGUUGUAGUUUGAAAAGCUGAAAGAUUUGCCAAGGACGCCAUAGUUUGGUUAAAUGCCCCUCACUUUUAUCUUAAUGGAAUAACAGUACCGGGUGACUGCAUUACUUAUGUUAAAUUCUCGUUUUAAAGACUCAAUACCAAAGGUUUCAGGAAAGAAUGAAUAACAAUGUUACAAAAUUGGAAUUCAGUCUAACAUUUGAUGGUUUUAGAGAGAGAAAAAUAAUUGACAAAAGUUAUAACAUACAUAACUUACCCUAUAAAUACAUGACAGUUUUUCUUACUCUUAAAGUAUCAGCCUUUUGCUAUUGGAAGCAAUCAAAGUAGGUCAGAGAGAUAUGCAUAAUCAUACUAACUUUGUCUAGAAUAUCCCUAAUUCGCUAAAACCCACAGUUAAAAUAGCUUUUUUGAUUUGACAUAGUCCCAGAAAUACAUACUGUGAAGAUCUGCACAUGCAAAGCAACAGUAGUUUGUCCAGCACUUUCUUUAUAGUCCCAUCAUGCAGUUUAGGCCUUUAUUGCAGACGGUAUGUUGAUGUAAAGACCAUUAUUGGUGAAAAUUACACUGUGCUUCUGCAGUUAGAUGUUUCUCCAAAGAACCUAUAAGUAGAUGCCAUAUAGUAAUUGUUUCAUGAAAGCUUUAGAGACAUCAACACACUUUGGGAUUUACUAGACUGGAACUGCACCUUUAGAAAUGAAUAUUUACUAUGUCAUGGCCUAACAAACAUCAUUUACUUGAGGUCUGCCUAAUGGAUGGCUGUCAUUUUUAAUGGUGGAAGUGGAUUUAGAUUUUAGCCCUAGCUUAGGUUUGACUGUUGUUUAUGUUUCGUCUCCUGCUCGACAUAGGAGAAUCUAACUGCUUUUGAGGGCUGUGGUCAUUUCUGUUUGUCUUGGUGUCUGCCAAGCCAUGCGGAUGGUUUCAUACACACUCGCUUCUGUAAAAAGCACAGGGCGCCAAUUUGUCUUUGAUUCCCUGUUGUUAUGGCGCGAGCGUGACCUAGCAACUCCACGAGGCUAAACUCUGUGCCACUCCCUCGGGGAGAUUCUACCAGACGAACCCCCACUGAUAAUACAUUCAAAAUUCAUUUAAAAUAAAAUGCAUUUCCCAUAAAGAUAAAACGGCAUAAACACCCUGCUUCUCUGAAGUUCUGAAACUUCAAAGCACUGUGAAAGAGGCAUUUCACAUAUUUCAUUGCAAUCUUCAUGUGACGUUUCAAAUCAGUUAGGGUGGUAAAUUCAUUCAAAUCCCUUCCUCUCCAAACAUACCAGUUAAAGGGCUAGAUCAUCCAAAAAUGAAGGCAUUUACUCACCCUCAUGUCGUUACAUGUGACUUUCUUUAUACUGUGGAACACAAAAUAAGUUAUUUAUAGCAAUGUGUCCAAGCAGCUCUUUUUCAUACAAUGGGAGUGAAUGGUGACCUUGGCUGUCAAGUGAUUUUAAUUAAAAUAUACUUAAAUUAGAAACGUGUUCCUUGCACAAAGCUAUCAUAUGACUAUAGAAGACCUGGAUAUAUAUUCCCUAAGUUGCAUAGACUACUUCAGUGAUGCUUUUAAGGUGAUUUUUGUCCUUUUGGAGGUUUACAGCCUCUACUCCCCAUCCACUUUCAUUGUAUGGAAAAGAGCAGCUUGGACAUUUGGUUAAACUUCUUCUUUGGUGUUGAACGGAAGCCAUACGAGUUUGGAAUGACAUGAUGGUGAGUAAAUGAUGAAAAAUGUGUUUGUUUUGUGUGAACUAUCCCUUCAAGUACAUCAUGUGCUAACACCCUCCGAUCUUAGAGAUUUCAAUAAGUGUUGUAUAGAAAGUUAUAUUGAGGCACUAGUGGCCUCAUGCUGUCUUGUAGACGUUCGCGACGUGAACUCGACUUGCCUUCCUAUUGUGCAUAUUUGUCUGUAUUUCUGUCUAUAUUAACUACACCAUGUGAUGCCUGCUCCAGUCUAUACGGCACUGGGUUCCUAUUUCCCAGUACAUCUGUACUUUGUUCAAUAGCUCUUCUUCAACAAUGGCCAGUUCCACUCUCCAUAACCUCAUUUAAAAUACUGCCACAUAAAUUACCAGGUUUUUUUUCCUGUUUGUUUUGCAAUCAACCAAAUCACUACAGUGAAGUAUUACAGUUGUACAGUUCCUUGAAUUAUUCAGAUGAUAUUGUUGCUGGUCUAUGGUUGCUCUGCUGUACCUUUUUAUUACUUUUAUUUUUUACAUGUUAGACAAUAUCGUGACUAUGUCCUAUGCAAAUAUGAGAAUUAACAAGAAUCGGUCAAAUAAUGUGUUGUCUUAACUUGUAUGCAUGAAAUAGUGAUGUUUACAUUUGAGAAUAAAUUCAUAAGUAAGACGCAGA